CAGACGCAAUUCCUUCAUCAGUAAAUGCAAAACUGGAGUUGUUAGACUCCAGCAGCAACGACGACACCAUUCAGUCCACCAACUUGAAUAGAAAAUUAAUCAAAAUUAAAAAAUUUAAGCUGGACGAUAUGAAGGAAAUGGUGGGCGGCUGUUGCGUUUGUUCGGACGAGCGGGGGUGGCCGGAGAACCCGCUCGUCUACUGUGACGGCCAAAACUGUACCGUUGCCGUGCAUCAGGCAUGCUAUGGCAUCGUUACCGUGCCCACUGGACCCUGGUAUUGUCGGAAAUGCGAGUCCCAGGAGCGCACCUCGCGUGUACGCUGCGAGAUUUGCCCCUCACGAGAUGGCGCCCUCAAGAAGACAGACACCAGCGGCUGGGCCCAUGUUGUGUGCGCCCUGUACAUACCCGAGAUUCGGUUUGGCAACGUGACCACCAUGGAACCCAUUAUACUGACUUUAAUACCGCAAGAACGCUACUCCAAGACCUGCUACAUUUGCUUGGAAAUCGGGAAGCCAAAUCGUGCCAAUGUCGGAGCCUGCAUGCAGUGUAAUAAGGCCAAUUGCAAGCAGCAGUUCCAUGUGACCUGCGCCCAAAGCUUGGGCCUGCUCUGCGAGGAGGCUGGCAACUAUCUGGACAAUGUUAAGUACUGCGGCUACUGCCAGCAUCACUACAGUAAAUUGAAAAAGGGCGGAAACGUCAAAACUAUACCACCCUACAAACCCGUACAACAUGACACCUCCUCCGAUUCGUGCUCGUCGCCCGAGAAGGAAAUCGAUUCAACCAUGAACUCAGCCUCCACCUCAGCGACAAGCAUCAAAAUAACCAGCAGCACAUUGGCCGCCAGCUCCACAAGCCUGUCAAGCAGUGGCAGCAAUGUCUCAUCCUCAUCCAAGCAGCGCAAAUCAAAUGCCUCCGGUAAAUCAUCGAUGUCAUCGGGCAACAGCUCCGCAGCAGCAACGGGCCUACCAAAUUCCUCAAGCACCUCCAAUUCAGGCGUUGCGGCAACUCCUUCAACUGCAAACAGCUUUCUAUCCGGCAGUAGCAGCAGCAACUCCGCCAACAAUAACAAUAAUGCCAUAAGCAACAGCUUAGCGGGCGCUGUCGGCGGCAACGUUGCCGCCACACAUGCCUCAAACCCUAGCGGUGCCAGCGGCAGCGGCAGCGGCAGCGGCAAUUCCAUCACAGGCAACACUGUAUCUGGAGCCGGCAGCGGCAGCGGAAACAGUGCAAUAGGGCCCAGCAAUUCAAGUACUAAAUCAUCAGCCACCAGCUCGAGCAGCAGCUAUAAGGAUAAGCAUAGUAAAAGCUUGGGCAAACAGUCCGGCUCAGGUGCCAGCAAGGACGGCAAGGAUAAGGAUGGCGGUAGCAAUUCAUCGAACAACAGUUUUACACACUCAUCAGCCUCGUCAUCGUCCUCCUCCUCAUCGUCGUCGCGCGAGAAGUCAUCAAAGUCAUCGAAAAGCAAGGACAUCGCGAAGGAAGCCACCGUCGUAGCUGCCAGCAGCAGCAGCAGUAUUGCCACAAGCAGCAGCAACAUGCCCAGUGCCAGCAGCAUAACGGCCAGCAGCAGUUCCAGCUCGGCAUCACAUGUAUCUAGCAGCGGCGUGACUGCCGCCUCGAUAAGUGAGCAUAGUAAUCAUGCCCAGAACCUGAGCACGUCUGCCUUGCCCAGUUCAGGGGCCGGUGUCACGGGCAAACUGCAAUUGGCCAGCAAUUUGGGCGGCGGCUUCGGAGCCGAGCUGCAAACCACAAGCAACAGCAGCAACAGCAAUGCCUUAAAGGAAGCGUCUGCCUCCAUGACUGGCAACAGCAAUGCAGGCAAAUUGGAGGGUUUGUCGGGCGCUGGUACGUCCGCAAACAGCGUGGCCAAUCCACUUGGCCUCGGUGGCAGCAGCUCCAAUUCAAGCAAUAAUUUGAGCAGCAGCAGCAGCAAGACAGUUCCAUCAUCAUCGAUUGCAACAGCAACAUCCACAACAACGACCAGUCACAGUCAGCCGUCGGCAGCGAGCAACUCCUCGGCGUCCAAAAAGCGCAAGGUGGACGCAGCCAAAUCGAUCACCAGCAUCAACCUGGACGAUCACAACAGCUCAUUUCGGAAUAUUAUCAAGGAUGUGCACGUGACGCUGACGCCUCUGACGGACUUUGAGAAGGAAAUCGAGAAGAGCUCCAAGCGGCAACGCACAGAGUUGAGUCCACCCACGCACCAAACAUCCGCCACAGCUGAGGUGAAUGCAACGUUAGCGAGUGCAACAAGUGCAACGAUAGCGGCCAGUGGGACGACGAUAGCGGCAACCACAACGAGUACAUCGACCGCCGCAGCCGCAGCCAACAGCUCGAGCAGCAGUGCGAGCAGCCUAACGGGAGCAGCUGCCAUUGGUGGUUACGCGAAAAUAGAGGCAAGCAAAACGAGUAGCAGCAGCAGCAAGCAUGGCAGCAGCAGCAGCAGCAGCAAGGACAGCAGCAAUGCUGCCUCAAGUGGGGGAGCUGCCAGCAGCGGCAGCAGUGCACCCAGCUUGUAUGUAUCGGUGCCGUUGUCCACGGCCAAUGUACCUGGCAUCAAUUUGCCCAACAGCAGCAGCAGCAGCGGCAGUGUCAGUGAAACACACGCAUCCGCACAACACAACCAGCCACAAGUCGCCGCACAGUCACCUCUCACCACAUAUGCAACAGCAACAGCAGCUGCAAGCGGCAACAGCAGUGCGGGCGCAGGAGGCUCUGCCUCCGUUAUACAAAGCCAGAGCGGCAAGUCAUCGCCCUCGCUGGGCGCUCUGGUGAGCAGCAGCGCCGGAACGGGCAACCUGACGGCCACGACGACGGAGAGCGGCAAUUUGAAGAUCAGCUUUGAGAAGCAAACGACCAGGGUGCAGCAGCUGCAGGAGCAGGAAGCUUCGCCGGCGCGCCGCAGCAGAUCGCGGUCUGGUGAGAGUGGUAGCCAUCAUCACCACCAUCACCAGAAUCAGCAAACUCACCAAACCCACCACAGUCACAACCAAACACCGCAACAACAGCCAUCGCAAACGUCACAGCAGCAGCAGCAGCAGCAACAUCAACACCAGCUGCCACAGCAGCAAUCGCAAUCGCUGCACUCCACCGCAUCCUCCUCCACGUCCAACUCAUCACUGACCACGCCCACGCCCACCAAGUCACAGUCACGUUCGGGUAAGAAGCGCGCUGCUGCGCUAAGCAAAACCGAGCCAGCUGCAGCCACAACAACAACAACAACAGCAGCAGCAGCAGCAACAACGGCAACUACAACAACUGCAGCUGCAGCUGCAGCAACAACAGUCGAGAAGCUGGCCCGAAAUAGCAGCAGCAGUCGCCAUAGUUCGCCACACUGUCGUGCCACGCCCACGCCGCCCCCAGCACAAACCUUACCGACGGCGAUCGCGUCGCCGGUUGUGAUGUUGCAGACCCUAUCCUCCUCAUCCAUUGACUCGCCGCCGACUGUGGCAACAACGCGUAAUACGCGCAACAACAACAACAGCAACAACAGCAACAGUCAUGUGUCUGCCACCGAGCAUGCCGGCAGCUCAACAUCCUCCUCGUGCUCGUCCACAUCCUCCAUGUCCUCGGCCGGUGGCAAUGCUGUGGUCAGUCUGUUAGACUCGCCCGUCAACAUGUCCACACAGCCACAGCAACAUGUUGCCUGUUACAAUAGAAGUAGCACUAGCAACAAUGCUGCCAAGCCGUUGAAUAAGAAAAUGUUGCGCGCACAGCAAACGCAACUGUAUCAGCAGCAGCAACAACAACAACAACAACAACAACAACAACAGCAACAUGUUAAUCUUAGCAAUGCACCAACCGCAAACGCCCCCUCACCCACAAACCUUAGCUCAGUCAGUAGUCAAUUUGCGCACUUGCAACAUCAGCAACAACAGCAGCAACAACAGCAGCAGCAACAGCUUAAGCAACAUCAAGAUUUAGAAAUUUUGCAAUUUACUAAUAUAAAUACAAAUGCUUCUUCCAUGACGUCAACAACGAAAUGCAACAACAGGACACCUGAUCUCAACACGACGACGAGCACCAGCACCAGCAGCAGCACCUCAACAACCAGCAGCAGCAGCACCUCGACAACAACCACCACCAGCAGCCUCUUGAGCAUCAAUCUGGGCAGCAACAACAACAAUAACAACAACAGCAGCAACAACAACAACAAUAGUGGGGGCCUCAAGUUCACGUACGAGGCGCAAACGUUAAGCACGCAGCUGGAUGUGCCCAUGUUGCCGGUGAGCGCCAUCAAGGACUCGCCGCCCAGUUCGCCCGGCUCGGAAAUUGGCGCCGCCUUGCAUACGGCCGUCGCGUCGGCAAUCAAUGCUGCUGCUGCGCCCGUUGCUGCCGGCAAUGUGCGCAAGCGCGGACGCAAGGCUAAGGAUGCCACAUUGGUCGCGGCUGCAGCGGCAGCGGCCACAGCAGCCGUGGCUGCCACCCAACAGGAUCUCAAGGAUGUGCGCAUACUGCAAAACGGCAUUGGCGCCGCCAGUGCGCCCACGCCUCCAGCCACGCCCGCCACGAGCAUAACGAGCGCCGGCGUCUCUAGCGUCUCGGGCAGCAGCUCGAUCAUAGCGCACACGGCCACCCAUAUGCUGGGCAACCAUGUGAAUCCCAACAGCAGCGUGGCCCAGAAGCUAUCGGAGCAGCUGCACAUGGAGGUGCAGGAUCAUGCCAUUUACACGCCCGACUCCAUGAGCUCACAGUUCUCGGGCGUGCCGUUUCCUGGCAAGCAGCGCAAUGCCAGCACGACGUCCUCGAGCUGUGCGACGCCAGCACCAAAUCCGCUGCAAUCGAUGUUCGGCGGCGGCGGCAUCAAUGGCAACAUGCCCAUACCGCAGAGUCUGGAACAGCUACUGGAGCGCCAGUGGGAGCAGGGCUCGCAGUUUCUCAUGGAACAGGCCCAGCAUUUUGACAUUGCCUCGCUGCUUAACUGUCUGCAUCAGCUGCAGAGCGAGAACUUGCGGCUGGAGGAGCAUGUGACCAGUCUGAUAGCGCGUCGCGAUCAUUUGCUGGCCGUGAAUGCCCGCCUCCAGAUUCCGCUCAACAGUGCGAUCAACAAUGCCAAAGCCGAGGCGCAUGGUAAGUAGAUGCCACUGCAUCCACUCUCAGUCAGUUCUUGGUGUCGGCACAUGCACUUGCUCUCCACAAAUCCCAUACCCACACACUCACACAGACACACACACAAACACAAACAGAUGGAGGCGCCAUUCACUCAGCUACUAACAGAAUUUAUGUAAAUGUACAGAUAUGAAAUACAACAUUAACAGUCUCUGUUAUGCUUGUAACGAGCUGCUUGGCGUUGCCAGACUACACACUAAUGCUAUGGCAUUUUCGUAUAAUAUCGCAUUAAUUAUGUUAAUUUAUAUUUAAGUGGGUACAAGUGAUUCAUGUACAUACACACACACAUAACAAAGCACAUCUUUAACAAUAAAACUAUGGAUGGUACAAAACAAAUGGCUUAAUUGUUAAAUUGUACAAAGCAUUUACACUUUCAAUCAGUUUUCUAUUAAAUAUCAAUCACACAUAAGUACUUAAAGCCAAAGCUUUAAGCUUCAAUUAGGUAUACACAACAUUUAAGAUUAAUUUUUGAUUAAUAUAACAAACAGAAACAAGAACUUACUUUUUUCUUUACUUAACCU